UAGAAAAUAACGACAUGGCUCUGUCUGAAUAAUAUAUUUUAUUUCAGGCUUUAUUCGUAUAAGGGACCAAAUCUAAAGUUUCAGGCAUAUCAACAGUCUCCCUUAAUUUCAUGGGGUCCUUCUUCUCUAGUGUCUCUGACGCGUGAAUAAAAUUUUUUUUAGAGAGACUGUCCCAACACUUUUUCUCUGUAAUCUCUAAAUGUCAAACAAAAAAGACAUUUAACGUCGCAUCCCGCAAUAUUCGGAUAUAAAAGCCGCAUUUUCAUUGACAUCCUCUUCACACAUUAUUAAUUUUGAGGAUGCGGACGUUUGGACAUUUUACUUAUCUGUAAAUAAAACAUAAAUAGAUGAAGUCAGCACGGUGUUAGUGUAAUAUCUUUAUUACUGAAUGUCGUUUUAAGACUAUAAAUGUAACAUCAGAGGAAGGAGAGUUUCGUAAUCAGUAGAGAGAUAAGAGGGGUUUCUAGAGUCGCGUCAUCAUAUCCGGGCUGCUGAUCGCCGGUAGAGUGGAUCGGGACGCAGGAUCGCGGGUUACGGGGAGCGGAGCGGUGUCAGUGUCUAUACCGAGAUUGCUGGACGACAGCAUGGCCGCCGGGAAGGCAGCGAGCAAACCGUCACUCUGGCAGAGCGAACGGGUUCGGUUCAUCAUCUGCUUCAUUGGGGUGUUCUUGUGUUACUUUUACUAUGGAAUACUGCAGGAGACCAUUACGCGAGGGGACUACAGUCAAGCAGGGAAGAAGGAGAAGUUUCGUUACGCCACCACACUAGUCUUCAUCCAGUGCAUCAUCAGUGCUGCUUUCGCCAGAAUCUUAAUUCAGUUUUUUGAGGGCUCAAAGCAGGACCACACGAAAAACUGGCUUUAUGGCGUGUGCUCUUUGUCUUACCUGGGUGCCAUGGUGUCCAGUAAUUCGGCCCUGCAGUAUGUCAACUACCCAACACAGGUGUUGGGAAAAUCUUGUAAACCCAUUCCAGUAAUGAUUCUGGGUGUCACAAUCCUGAGGAAGAAAUAUCCCAAGGCAAAAUAUCUGUGCGUUUUUCUGAUUGUCACUGGGGUCGCCCUCUUCCUCUACAAACCCAACAAAGGCUCCACCACAUCAGAUGAGCACACGUUUGGCUUUGGAGAGAUGCUGCUGUUGCUAUCAUUGACUCUGGAUGGGCUGACCGGUGUAGCUCAGGAUCAUAUGAGGGUGCGGCACCAGACGGGAGCCAAUCACAUGAUGCUAAAUGUCAACCUGUGGUCCACACUGGUCCUAGGAAUUGCUGUGCUGUGGACAGGUGAGGUGUGGGAGUUUUUGUCAUUUGCUGAUCGGUACCCUGACAUCAUCUAUAAUAUCCUCCUGUUCGGUUUGACUAGCGCUCUUGGACAGACUUUCAUCUUCAUGACAGUGGUGUAUUUUGGACCGCUCACCUGUUCUAUCAUCACAACGACACGGAAGUUCUUCACUAUCCUGGGUUCAGUGCUGCUGUUUGGGAACGUCAUCAGCACUAUGCAGUGGUUUGGCACCAUCCUUGUCUUCCUUGGUCUUGGACUGGAUGCCAAAUUUGGAAAGCCUCCUAAGAAGACGACAUACUAAAAACUGGAACUGUUUGUGUGUCUGUAUGGUUUUUUUUUUUCUGACAAACUUGUCAGUUUAUUCGCAACACUUUACCACACCAAUUCCAUGAGUGGUUUACAUUUUUAGCACUUAAAGUAUUGUUAUACUGCUGAUGUUCUGAACAUUUAAUUAUGGGAUAUAUUUGCCUAUAAUCUCUCAAAUUGGUAUCCAUGGUAACGGAGGGAUAAUACAGAAUACAGUGUGCCUAAUCAUAAUCUGUCAUGCUUCUAUUGGAAAAACAAACCUAAAAAGAAGUCUGAAUAAAGAGAUCCUGUAGUCUAAAAAAAAAGCACAUGGCACGGCUGAUUGUACUUCCUGGAACUCACCCUUCAGCAUGGCAACCGCUUAAUUUUUAACUACCCAGAUUCGUACUUUUGACACAUUUAAACACACCGUCAUGCCUCCCAGUCAUAGCUGAAUUAAGAUGGAUGGAUUCUGCCUUUAAUGUUAGUCUUAAUUUAGGCAUUGAAUUCUGUGUAGUGUCUGGUUGCUGUCAUUGCAUUCCGUGUGUGUGUGUGUGUGUGUGUGUGUGUGUGUGUGUGUGUGUGUGUGUGUGUGUGUGUGUGUAUUGUUUAUGAAAUAGACCAACAUAAUUUACAUACAGUGGGAGGAUGUUUGUCACACGCAGGCAUACCUGUGUAAAUGAACUCUUUUCACACCAGAUUUCAUAUUUAUAUUCAAAUACCAAAUGUUGUGUGUUUUGUUUAAGGUCAGAAAGGAAACAAAUGUUUAGAAAGUUGAGAAUUUUUUACAAAAAAGAAAAAAUAUAUAAUCUUGAUUAUAUGGUAUCCUUAUGUCUGAAUAAAAAUAAAACAAUUUUUUAGAAGACUUAAUAGUCUCUGUGGAGGAAUCCAUUUGGAAUUGUAACGGGUGUUUUAAUAAAAGGGAAACUCAAUCAGGUUGCUGGAUGAUGCCAUUGACCAGCUGCCUUUAAGUGAACGUCUGCCAAAAAAUUUGUUUAUAUCUGCCAGUAUCAUGUAUUCACUUUGAUUAGGGAAAGAAAAACAUCCAAACGACAUUAAACACACCCUGUAAUG